CUUGGAGGGGCGUAGGGUUUCCUUGAGGACCUUGGCGAAGUUGGGAGCAGCACAGUGUCUGAAAUCCGCACAAGGAACAUCCAACCAUGUCGGACGCGGUGGUUAGUUUUAUGAAGGACUUUCUGGCCGGUGGUAUAGCCGCUGCCAUCUCCAAAACAGCUGUCGCUCCCAUCGAGAGAGUCAAGUUGUUGCUGCAGGUUCAGCAUGCCAGCAAACAGAUUACAGCAGAGACACAGUACAAGGGGAUCAUUGACUGUGUGGUGAGAAUCCCCAAAGAACAGGGUUUCAUUUCCUUCUGGAGAGGUAACCUGGCCAAUGUCAUCCGUUACUUCCCCACCCAAGCUCUCAACUUUGCCUUCAAAGACAAGUACAAGAAGAUCUUCCUUGGUGGAGUGGAUCAAAAAACACAGUUCUGGCGUUACUUCGCUGGUAACCUGGCAUCCGGUGGCGCCGCAGGUGCGACCUCACUGUGCUUCGUCUAUCCCCUCGACUUUGCCAGAACGAGACUGGCCGCCGACAUCGGGAAGGGCAACGCCGAGAGAGAGUUCACCGGUCUUGGAAACUGCAUCUCCAAGAUCUUCAAAACCGACGGCCUCAAGGGUCUGUACCUCGGGUUCAACGUGUCCGUGCAGGGCAUCAUCAUCUACAGAGCAGCCUACUUCGGGUGCUUCGACACAGCUAAAGGUAUGCUGCCGGAUCCCAAGAACACGCACAUCGUGGUCAGCUGGAUGAUCGCCCAGACUGUGACCGCUGUGGCGGGUCUUAUUUCAUAUCCCUUCGACACCGUCAGACGUCGUAUGAUGAUGCAGUCUGGACGCAAAGGAGCUGACAUCAUGUACAAGGGCACAAUUGACUGCUGGAGUAAGAUCAUCAAGGACGAGGGAGGAAAAGCCUUCUUCAAGGGUGCCUGGUCCAACGUGAUCAGAGGCAUGGGCGGCGCCUUCGUGUUGGUGCUGUACGACGAGAUCAAGAAGUUCACAAAAUAAACUUUUUAAUCUCCAAGUCUCCAAGGAAACCCUUCACCUUCUUUAAGUCUUAUUUCUUGCGAUACAGUGAUAACAGCCUGGUAACUUACAAUGUGGGCAUGUGCCACUCCUCUGCCACAGUCUGGUGAAGGUGAGAAGGUGCCGUUGACCCGGGUUAACGUGCCUCUGAGGAACAUGUAUAUAUAAGCAAUCUAUGACAUGCCAAAAGGCAGUCCAUCAGUAGGACAGAGUCACGCUGGCAGAGAUGUUGAGAUAACGCUGACCACGACAUGACUUCACGUUUAUAGGCUCCUCAUAUUAUUCAGUUUGUGAAGCAGUUGCAGUGCUCGUGCCGUAUGUUGUGACCACUGUGACCCUUGUAUCCAACCUCUCAUGCAUUAUUUUAUUAAGAAUAAAGAUUUCUGUCGAA